CUUCAGCGGCUUCUAAUUAAAGCCGGCGUGGAGCCCUCGGGACCCGCCUGACGUCGGCGGCGCGGGCAUAAGAGGCGCCGGGGUCCGAGGCGGCCGCUGUGCAGCGCGCGCAACGGCAGAGCGGCGCGUGAGAGUCCUGCGCGUCCUGUGAGCCCCGCAGUGCGCGCUCCGCCGGCCCGGGCGCCGCGAGGCAUGGACUAGCGGCACCCGGGGACGGACACCGGAGUACGCCCGAAGCUCCGGAGCAGCUCAUCCCUCCAGCCAGCGAGUUCCGGGCGCACGGACCUCCCAGCCUGCCUGCCGAGCGCACGAUGCGCGGGCCCGGGCGCCCCCUCCUCCUGGGGCUGCUGCUCGUGCUGGGCGCAGCGGGGCCCGGCCGGGGAGUCACCGAGCCCCGAGAGGCCGCGGACAGACAGACGCUGCUGCGGCUCAUCGUGGAGAUCAUCCAGGAGCUCAAGAAGUACCACUCGGGGGAGUCCAAGCGACUGCAGCCCCCGGGCCCGCAGGACGCCGCUCCGGGCCGCAGGGAGGCGUCGGACUACGGGCCGGACCCCGAGGAGCAGCGGGCGGAAAUCGUCCCCCGGGACCUGAGGAUGAAGGACAAGUUUCUGAAGCACCUGACAGGUCCGCUCUACUUCAGCCCCAAGUGCAGCAAGCACUUCCACAGGCUCUACCACAACACCAGAGACUGCACCGUCCCGGCAUACUACAAGAGGUGUGCCCGGCUGCUGACCCGGCUGGCUGUGAGUCCCGUGUGCAUGGACGGAUGAGCCGCGAGCGACCGCGGAGCAAACCCUGCCAAGUGCCUUGGAGACCGACGGGGACUCGGAACCAGCCGCCGGCACGAGCGUGUCCCAGGAAGAGAGCUUUAUUUUUGCAGACUUCCACAGUUCCUGGCGUGUCGUGGGUUGUGGGCAGCGUCUGCGGACACGCACUCGGUCCGUCCGAGCGCCUGGCAGCGGACCUGCGCUCCGCCCUGCGGAGCGAGGAGGCGCCGGCCCGCCGUGCAGCACGUGUGACGUGCCGUGUGACGUGGGCACGGCAGAGGCCCCUCGGUCUCCCGACUGGGUGAAAUCACAGGCUAUUUCUUUAGAAAUGUAAGCAGAUUUGAAACUAUAUUUUCAUAUCACAUAUGGUAUGAUUUAAUAUUUUUAUUACUUUUACAAUUAAAUUCCCAGAGUAUUAGUUGGAACUGCAUGAAAAGUUUUUAAAAAGAUAAACUUCAGCUGGGUUUUGGAGACAGGAAAGUCUUGUAAAUUGUGGACAUAUCGAGGCUAAUUCCACCUGUCGUUUGUGUAAUAAAUGUAAAAUAGCAGCAGUAGACUGUGCAAUAUGUACAUACUGUACAUAAGACGAGUAAUAAAGUGUUUGCUACAACAA